CAGACUUUAAAGGGCCCUCGCGGUCCCGCGGCUGCCUCUUCUGGGGCUCCACCGACCCCCCGUCCGAGCGGCAGGCCAGACCAAUCGCUCCCUCAGCCGCCGGCUCCCCUUCACCAGGCCCCAGACCGCCACACGAAGCCUACAGCAGACGUUUUUUCCCCGAAGGACAACGCGAUGCAGACGAAUGAUAAGCACAUUCACGCGGUCCUCGGGGAGUAAACCUGGACACUGUCAGCACGUGCAAUGGAGGACAGAAGGCGACUCCCGCUCUCCCUGGAGGAAAGUAACAGGGCCAAAGCGCUGACCGUGCGGGAGCGGAUCCUGGGGGACGUCUCGUGUCCCCGGUAUUCUGGGCCGCCCGUGUAUCACCUGAAAACGCUGCAUCGGUACAGCGUACAUCUGAGCGACUACGUGCCCGAGGCGAAGCGCGGGGACCUGAUCGCCGACUCGCUGUUUGAUCUCCAGCUGCAGAGGGAACUGGAAGUAAGCGGUGCGCUGAACUGGAGCGAGCGAGGACGCAGCCUGCACGCGCUGAAAAACGCAGGUCAAAGCAACGGCCUCUUGGAUGCGGUUUCUGUGUGCAUGUGGGGAGUGAGUGACAGCGAUAUGGUGCUGCGGACAGCUCUCCAUAACACUAUGGCGCAAGGUAGCCCCGCCCACCUUCGUAUCGCCUCGCAAGAGGAGGAAUGGAGUCCAACUGGUCAGCGGGUCACCAACCAGGACUGGAUUGAGGCGGUUGAGCUGGCCAGCCCCAAAGCUAGAGCUGCUAAGCCUGUGGACAGUCCCUGCCAGCGCGUCCAUCUGUUUGUGCUGGCCAACGUCAUCCGCAGGCCCAUCAUAGUGGUGGGCGGCAGCGGGGAGGACACGGAGGCCGCGGCGGGCUCGACCUCGAACCCGGGCCCGCGGGGGAUAUACGUUCCCUGGCUGUGGGACGGAGCCGACUGCCACCCCUACCCUGUGGUGCUUGGGAGCUCAUCCCCAUGGCGACGCUUUGCACCCCUGGUGACAGCUGGCAGUGCCCAGGAUGACGAGGACGGGGUGGCCCUACCCCUGGUUUGGGGUACCCCCCGGGGCCUGCGGGAGCUGCCGCUGCAUUUCCCCCCCGACGGGCGCGAGGGGACCCGCCUGUCCUGCCUCAGGGGCUACCUGAAGCUCCGGACCCUUCCGCUGGGCAAGCACACGACCUACGCCGCCAGGUUGAAAGGUCAUAACCUUCCCGAGCCCUUCAGCUUGGUGCAGGACUACUUCAGGCUGGCCAAUCACACGUGCAGUCAGGUCACCCAGGAAGUGAAGUGGGGUGGCAGAGAAGAACAAAAUGGAGGCCUUCCUCUCCCGGCAUGCCCCUCCUCCACCUCCUCCUCUUCCUCCUCCUCUUCCUCCCCCUCCGCCGUCUUCUCCAUCACUGCAGGUAGAUGUGCCACGGAACGGUGCCUCUACUUCUGCUCUAAGUCCACCUGGCCUCUGUGUCACAGUUGCCACGACAACAGGCAGCAGCAUCAGCAGCGGCUUCAGGCCAGGAACUGCCCGCCGGAGGGGCGGGGCUUCAACAUCUCCGUCUGUGGGGACACGCCCCCCUCCGACCAUAACCCCGCCCCCUCCUGCAGCCCUUCCACCGUCGGCGAUGACCUCAUCCCCCAGGGGUGGCCCAGCGACCUCGUUCACCGUCCCAGAGUGGGCGGGGCCAAGGACAGCGACUUCCUCUGUGGGCGGUGCCUGUCGUGCAAGAUGGAGACGCGCACUUUCAACGGCCUCUGCUUCCGCUGCCUCCAGAGCCAAACCGACCCCCCCGCCCUGCCCCCACCGGACCCCACCGAUACCGCCGACCCCGCUCGGGCGUCGCCAGGCCGGGAGGGGGCUCUGGGGGGGCAGAGGUGCCUCACGCCUGGCUGCGUGUAUUUCGGGACCACCCAACACGCAGGAUACUGCACGGUCUGCUACUGCAUUCAGAAUCAAACACCAAACCGCUCACCGCCCCCAGCACCACCUCUACCUUCCUCCUCCUCCUCCUCCUCCUCUUCCUCCCCCCCGCCCCUGCAGCUCUCCUCCACCCUCAGGAAUCUCCCCCGCUGCGCUGACCCUGCGUGUGACAUGCUGGGAAACUCCGCCUUCAAGGGCCUCUGCGAGCGCUGCUUCCUGGCCAGCCACCAGGGGGCGAUGAAGAGCCAGGCUUCAGAAGCAAUGGCUGUCAGUCAGGGAAGCGACCGGGUGAACAGAAGGCAUCACAGGCCGCCGUCCAAACCGGACCCGCCCGGCGCCGGGGCGGAGAAGGCCGUCGCGGCCCCCGUGGAGAGCAGGCGAAGCCGCAGGGCCUCGCCAGGAAAGUCCCAGGCUUCGGCCGAGCCCGCCAGGCCCCGGCCCUGUCUGGGUAGCGGAUGCCCCAACUUCGGCAACUCCAGGUGCCGGGGACUCUGCAACAGCUGCUACAGGAGUCACGUCUGAGCGUCCCGCCCCGGACUGGCGACCCGGGCCGCGAGAAUCGCAUCGGACCGACCGAGUCCAGGCUUGCGGCCGAGUCGGUACGUCGCAUCUGAGUGAGAGAGUCCCGACUGGCAACCCGGCCAUGUUUCACAGCUGAGAGCAGAUGGGCGGCCUGGUCGUGAAUCUUACCUGACUGACAGAGUCCCAGUCUGGCGACCCAGCCUUCAGUUCGCACGGGCCCCUUCGGCUACCAAUCACAUCUGACUGACAGAGUCCCAAUCUGGCAACCCGGCCUGGAGUCCAGCCAUGCAGACCUGCCAUUAAUCACAAGCUGAGCGGGCAGAGUCUAGACUGGCAGCCCCCAACAGCAGUCAACACCUGAGUCCCAGACUGGCAACCCCCGACUUCCCAGCAAGCACGGGUGCACUUUAAACUCGUUUUUUUAUUUUUGAACUUUUAAGAUUUUUUUUUCUUCUUCCAAAGAAAACACAGAUCUAAAUCGGGACAGUUUUGGGGGAAGUGUUUCUCUUUUUUUUUUUUUUAUCGUUUUAAUAUUCCUCCACUCUCCACGCAAACUCGGCACCUUGUUGAGAUUCGGUCCAACAAAAGAAAAUAAAUGUGCGUACGUCACAUUCCAAAUUAAAAACCCUAAUUCAUAUUCCGUCCUAGAGAAGGUCCUUGGGAAUCCUGAGUUAACAGGCUGACGUUCAUAUUAAUAAUAUUAAUAAAACAAGCAGGCGUGCUUCCUGUACUAGUUUACUGUAAGUGAUUUACUCAAUUUAAUAUGCACUCAGUGCAGAUCUCACAUUAAUAAUGAGAGAUAUGUUUAUAUCAUCAUUUAUACCGCAUCUUUAUAAGAGGAAAGGAUUUCAUUGGGGGCAGCUUGUUGUUGUUUAUAUUUGCCCCUAGUGUACAAGGCUGCUGUACAGCUGAAAUGCCAAUGCUCGAUUGUGCCGAGAUUACAUUAAAAAAGGGUUUCCGUUUUCCUAGAAGAAUAAUUUGGACCUUGUGUGCCUUUUGUGUUUUCCUGGUAGAAGUGUCACAGCUGCGCAGCAAAUGUUUGGUGUUGCUUCAGCUCUUACGAGAAUCGUCAUUCAGGUCCAUUUGAGAUCGGGGGGAGGGGGAUUCCAUGAAGCAGGAUUGCUGCAUUAGCUGGAUAAGUGUGAGUGAGUGAAACCUGGAACAGCUCUUUGCUACAGUCCAUGUUCCAGUUUUGGGAGGGUUCUGGGUUUUCACUCAGUGCAGUUAAUCUAGUAAUCCUGCUUUGUGAAACAGGGCACAGAUUUGCUCUGGUCAGAGUUGAUUAAACGCUGAAUGUUUUUUUUCUGUGCACCUGCUAGCCUUGCGUAAUUUGCCUCUGUCCUCUUCUUUGUGGUCUUGUUGGAACAGGCUGUGUCGGCCGCCUCCGUUCUGCUAAUGCCGCGGCAGACGUGUCGCUUCACGGUAACGUCCCCCCUGCAACACGUGCCCUUUGGCUCGUUGGUUCCCCUCUGCUGGGGAAUGUCAACAGCAACCGCACUGUAUGUGUGUGUGUGUGUGUGUGUGCGUGCGUGUGGUCAUGGCAACCCUUCGCACCUGUGUCCGUGUGCGGAACGACCUGCUGCAGUGCAAACAACGGCUGUGAAACAAACGCCUCAAGCCUUAAAGUGGAGAACUGAAACUUGAGGGAAGAUUAUGUCCUUGCUUUUGAAGGAGAACUGAACCUUGUGGGCAGAUUAUGUCCGUGCUUUGAGUGCGGGUUGCUUUCCACGUGUGCAAGUAGUGCGGAAAACCAUAUUUAUUAUUAAAAACCGCAAACCCGAACACAAA